AGAAGAAGACACAGAUCCACACGUGCGUUUCCAACAUGUCUGCCCGCGCUGCUGUGGUGGGUUAAACACACUUUUAAGUUUAUUUAUUCACUACUUGGUUUAUAUUCUUUGACUUUCUGAUCCGGAAAGUAAAAAAAACAGACGAGAAAAUGGGUCAAAGGAAGAAAAAACUCACGAAGAAGAAAAGACACAACAACAAAGAGCUGGAGGCAGAGUCUGACAGUGGAGACUUUGAGCUGGCAGCAGAAAUUAAAGACGAUGACACGCAGGGGAGGAAGCUCCCACGGUUCCCGACCUCAGACUGUCUGUCCGAUGUGGAGCCGGACACGAGGGAGAUGGUCCGAGCGCAAAACAAGAAGAAGAAGAAGUCUGGAGGAUUUCAGUCCAUGGGACUUAGUUACCCCGUAUAUAAAGGCGUUAUGAAGAAGGGGUAUAAAGUUCCUACGCCAAUACAAAGAAAAACUGUCCCCGUCAUUUUGGAUGGCAAAGAUGUUGUCGCUAUGGCCAGGACGGGUAGUGGCAAAACCGCUGCGUUUCUCAUUCCGAUGUUUGAGAAACUGAAGGCACCUCAGGCCAAAACUGGAGCCAGGGCCCUGAUUCUGUCUCCAACCAGAGAGCUGGCUCUACAGACCAUGAAGUUCACAAAAGAGUUGGGGAAAUUCACAGGACUAAAAACAGCUUUGAUCCUUGGUGGAGACAGUAUGGACGACCAAUUUGCUGCACUGCAUGAAAACCCAGACAUAAUUAUAGGCACGCCUGGUCGUCUCAUGCACGUUGUGAAAGACAUGAAUCUCAAGUUGCAAAGUGUGGAAUAUGUAGUGUUUGAUGAGGCAGACAGAUUGUUUGAAAUGGGUUUUGUGGAUCAGCUUCAAGAAAUAAUUCAGAGACUCCCAGACACCAGACAAACUCUGCUGUUUUCUGCCACUUUACCAAAAAUGUUGGUGGAGUUUGCCAGAGCUGGACUCACUGAACCAGUGCUGAUUCGCCUGGACGUAGACUCCAAACUUAGUGACCUAAUAAAGCUGUCUUUCUUCCACUGUCGCAUCGAUGACAAACCUGCGCUUUUACUUCACCUUCUGAGAAACGUCGUGAAGCCCCAGGAGCAGACCGUGGUGUUUGCCGCCACCAAACAUCACGUAGAGUACCUAAAAGAGCUGCUGUCCUCUGAGGGAAUAGAAAGUGCCUACAUCUACAGUGCUCUGGACCAGACUGCCAGGAAGAUAAACAUAGGGAAAUUUGUACAUAGGAAAGCGAUGGUUCUUCUUGUUACUGAUGUGGCUGCUCGUGGUAUAGACAUCCCCCUGCUGGACAAUGUCAUCAACUACAACUUUCCCUCUAAAGCCAAGCUGUUCUUGCACAGAGUUGGUAGAGUAGGUCGAGCUGGUCGCAGCGGCACAACGUACAGCAUCGUUUGUCCUGAUGAAAUGCCGUAUGUUUACGACCUUCACUUGUUCCUGGGGAGACCUGUGCAGUUAGCCACACCUGAACACGUGCAGGAUGCAGACGGCGUGUUUGGACGUGUACCUCAGAACAUACUGGACGACGAAAGUGCUCAUUUGAUUAUUUCCCAUGAAAAUUCUUUGGAUUUGCAAAACCUCCAUAGAGUGUCCGAGAACGCCUACAAGCAGUACCUGAAGUCGCGGCCGAACCCUUCGCCAGAGUCGGUCAGGCGCGUAAAAGGCAUUGACCUCUCUUCCAUGGCAAUUCACCCUUUCCUUUGUUCUGGUCUGGAGAAGAUGGAGCUUGAACGUCUUCAGAUCGUCGAUGCAAUUAAAGGCUACAAAUCCAAGUCUACGAUCUUUGAAAUAAAUUCAAACAGUAAAACUCCUGCCAGUGAAGUAAUGCGAACCAAGCGCUGCAGAGACGACAACCUCGUCCACAAGUUCGUCAAACGUAAAGAGAAUGUGGGAAGUGAAGCUCCGCCACAGCCACAUCAGAAAACCACAGCAGACGACGACUCCGCGAAGACUGAAGACAUGGAAGAGGAAAACAUCGAGGGGGUGUUUUCAAAUAUCGUUGGUGGAAGGAAGAGAUCACACCAACAAGAUGCUGCGGGAAAACCAAAAAACAAAAAAAGUAGAUUAACAGGCAAAGACGGCGAGUAUUACAUCCCAUAUCGGUCUAAAGAUUUUGAUUCUGAGAGAGGGUUAAGUCUCGGUGGUGAGGGCACGUCAUUUGAACAACAGGCCUCCUCCGCUCUCCUGGACCUGAUGGGAGACGAGAGCGACAAGUUAAACCAACACAAGAGUCUGAUGAAAUGGGACCGCAAAAAGAAGCGUUUCAUCAGAGACACUGGGAAAGAGGAGGAGAAGAAGAAGAUCAAGACAGAAAGUGGACAAGUGAUCAGCAAGAAGAACAAGAAGAACUUUUAUGAAGAGUGGAAGAAGAAAUACAAAGUGGACGACCUUGGAUCUGACAAUGAAACGGGAGGAAUGAGACGUCCAGCUGGUCGGGGUCGCGGUCGUCACGGCCCGGCAGGCAGAAGCCCCGGAGGACCACAGGAGACCGCCGGGGGCCGCAAGAUCCGCUCGGAGCUGAAGUCGAGUCAACAAAUACUAAAGCAGCGCAAGAAGAAGCAGAAACAACAGUUCCUUCAGAGCGGAGGCCUGAAGAAACUGCGAUCCAAAAACAAAAAGUUUGUCAGAGACGUGAAGAAAUCAGGGUUUGGACGAGGAGGCAUGAAAAAGGGCAAAAUGAGAAAAAGACUCUGAAGAGAAACAGCUGUGUGUUAAUGUCAUGAAAACGACUGCGAUCUUGUGGAGAAACGUUAUGGCCUGUUGACAGAAAUUGGGGACCCGGGGCAGGAGGCCUCACAUGGGCCCCCCCCCAUAUAAACUAAGAUGGUCCGAUCCUGGGGCCCCUUAGAUUCUGGGGCCCCUUUGUCUUCCCCACUGUCUACGCCCCUGUGGAUAAAUAAACUUCGACAUCCUGGUGAUAUAAUACAAAAUAAAAGAUUGUAUAAAAUGUCCCGC